UUCGCGCAUGUUGGUAGUGUAUUUAUUGAAAUAAGUAAUUACAAUUGCUAAUUCCUAAUCAAAUUUUCUAAUACUAAACUCGGUCCUGUAUCGAUACACAUUUAGUUUUCCAGUUUAUAUUAUGUAUUAUGGAAAUCGAUAGGUAGUUAAGCACAAACAUUUUAGUUCCAGUGGAAUUCAGACUAAGAACUUCAAAGCACAUGGUGCCAGAGAAAAUAUAUUAUUCUCUUUGAAUUCAAUGCUGUUUGGUAUAAGUUUUUUUUCUUGGUGCAUGUUAUUAUUUUUCUAUUUAGUUCUACCUAUAUCUACAUUGCAAAUAGUGCUUGCUGAUUGCUAAUCAUGGCUGCAAAAAUUUUUAUGGACAUGUCAGGAGGAUUCAAAAUGCCUGCUAUAGGACUGGGCACUUGGGAGGCUACUGAUGAAAAGGAAGUGGAAACUGCCCUCAAUGCCGCUCUUGAAGCGGGUUACCGCCAUAUUGACACUGCGCUUAUUUACAAAAACGAAGCAGUUAUUGGUCGCAUAUUGAAAGAAUGGAUUUCUUCCAAAAAAUUAAAGAGAGAAGACCUUUUUAUAACCACCAAGCUUCCAAUGGUGGCAAUGGAAAAGAACAGAGUAGAGAAGUUUAUGAAAAUAUCGUUGGAUAGGUUGCAGUUGGAUUAUGUUGAUUUGUAUUUGAUACAUGCUCCCAUCGGAACUAAGGAUGGUGUAGAUGGAACUCCGAGAACAUUUGAUACUAUACAAACUGCAGAAACCGACCAUAUAGCCAUUUGGAAGAAAAUGGAAGAACAAGUUGACGCUGGCCGAACCAAGGCUAUUGGAUUAUCUAAUUUUAAUAUCAGGCAGAUUAAUAGGAUAUUAAAGUUUUCUAAAAUCAAGCCAGCAUGUCUACAGGUCGAGCUACAUGUCUACUUACAGCAAAGAGAGCUGGUGGACUUCUGCCACCAAAAUGGAAUUGUUGUGGUGGCUUUUUCUCCUUUGGGAUCUCCGGGAUACAACAAGUACCUAGUUAAGCUUGAUAAAAAACCAAAAAAGCUGCCAGGCAUGCUCCACGACGAAAACAUCAAGAAAAUAGCUUCCAAACAUAAAAAAACUAACGCCCAAGUAAUGCUACGCUAUCUUCUGCAGAAGAGUAUCGCAGCCAUACCAAAAAGCGUCACUCCAUCUAGACUCAAGGAGAAUAUAAAUGUGUUUGAUUUUUCUCUGGAUGGCACAGACAUGAAGGCUUUGGAUGAUCUUGAAGUUGGGGAGGAUGCUCGGGUGUUUAAUUUCAGAAUUCCAGCGUUUGUGGAACAUCCGGAGUUUCCUUUCACAAAAUAAUGUUCUGACAUCUGUAGUAUCUAGGCCUUAUAAUAGUCCCAAUUGUUAACUGUGACAGAUAAUGGAUAAAAAGAAUUAAA